UGUGAGGAUCUAGUCUAUCCGGCUUCAUAAACACACAACACUAAUAGCGGAGCUUUGGUCGAAGUGAGACCGGUUAUCUGUUCAUCAGAGUCAGGCUCUCAUAGAGCUCGGAAUCGGAGAGUGAAUGAGGUUGAUGCUGCUCUGUUGUGACUGGAAGGACGAACGUAUGGGAGAGGAGGAAGCUGGCAGAAGCUUGCCCGUGUGUGCGGGAUGCAGACAGCGGAUCUAUGAUGAACAGUAUCUCCAGGCACUCAACACUGACUGGCACACAGUUUGCUUCAGAUGCUGUGAGUGCAGUGCCUCCCUGUCCCACUGGUACUAUGAGAAGGAGGGCCGGCUCUUCUGCAAGAAGGAUUACUGGGCCAAGUUCGGAGAGCUGUGCCAUGGAUGCAAUGACCCCAUCACCACCGGACUGAUUAUGGUCGCAGGGGAACAGAAGUACCACCCAGAAUGCUUCACCUGUCUGAACUGCAGAGCCUUCAUCGGAGACGGAGACACCUACGCACUGGUGGAGAGGUCCAAACUAUACUGUGGCCUCUGUUACUACCGGACUAUCGUGACGCCGGUGUCCCUGCCAGACUCACCAUGUGCCAGGAUUCCCCACACGGUGACCUUGGUGUCCAUCCCAGCCUCCACAGACGGGCGGAGAGGGAUCUCAGUCGCCAUCAACCAGCCUGUCAGCCCCAACGGCUACGGCCCCGAACGCACUGUCAGGGUAUCACAGGUGGACUCUGAGUUGAUCAGUCCAGAUGUGAAGAACUCCAUACAUGUCGGAGACCGGAUCCUGGAGAUCAACGGAACACCCAUCAGGAAUGUUCCUCUCGAUGAGAUUGACCUGCUCAUCCAGGAGACCAGUCGUCUGCUCCAGCUGACCAUAGAGCACGACCCCCACGACCAGGGGGGUUUAGAGGGUGAGACAGUGGGCGGACCCCUGACCACCCCCCUGUCUGACGGUCCAAGCGCCAUCCUCCCCAUCACUCAGCCCCCACACCCAGAUAUCAACAACCUGCGCUCACGCAUGAUCACGCGGAGCUACAGUAUAGAUAAGUCUCCGGGCUCCAGUAACGCAGCGUCCCCUCUCUCUCAGAGGAAGGACUUUAACCGCUCCGAGUCACUGCGGGUCGUCUCCAACAGUCGAAUGCACCGGAUCUUCCGGCCUUCAGACCUCAUCCAUGGAGAGGUGCUCGGAAAAGGCUGCUUUGGACAGGCCAUCAAGGUGACCCACAGAGAGACAGGGGAGGUGAUGGUGAUGAAGGAGCUGAUUCGUUUUGAUGACGAGACGCAGAGGACAUUCCUGAAAGAGGUGAAGGUGAUGCGUUGUCUGGAGCACCCCAACGUGCUGAAGUUCAUCGGUGUCCUUUACAAAGAUAAGAGACUCAACUUCAUCGCAGAGUACAUCAAAGGAGGAACCCUGAGGGAGACAAUCAAGAAAAUGGACACCAACUACCCAUGGAACCAGAGAGUGAGCUUUGCUAAAGACAUCGCUGCAGGAAUGUCAUAUCUGCAUUCCGUGAACAUAAUCCACCGCGACCUGAACUCAUACAACUGUCUUGUCAGAGAGAAUAACAGUGUGGUGGUGGCAGACUUUGGUCUGGCUCGGCUGAUGGUGGAAGACAAGAUCCAGGACAAGAGUCUCCUGCAGAAGAAGCCUGACCGUAGGAAGAGAUACACGGUAGUGGGCAACCCCUACUGGAUGGCCCCGGAGAUGAUCCACGGGAAAAGUUAUGAUGAAAAGGUGGACAUCUUUUCCUUCGGGAUCAUGCUUUGUGAGAUCAUCGGUAGGGUGAAUGCAGACCCAGACUACUUGCCCAGGGCCCAUGACUUUGGCCUGAAUGUGACAGGCUUCUUAGAGCACUUCUGUCCUCCAGACUGUCCCCCAGCCUUCUUCCCUAUGGCUGCCCUCUGCUGUGACCUGGAUGCUGAGAAACGCCCAGCCUUCACCAAGCUGGAGGGGUGGCUGGAGAACCUGAAGAUGCACCUGGAGAUCCACCUGCCGGUGGUGUCCGAGCUCGACACGCUACACAAAGCGUUUUGGGGAAACCACACCGCCCCCACCAUGGCUUGCACCGCCAUGCGGUCCGAGAACGGCCUGCCCCCACACCCCGAGACUCCGGAGUAGAUGGGAUCUGUAACAGAGUCAAAUGCUGCUGGUCUCAGCCCAUGAGAGAGGUGGUUAUGGUGGUCAUUGAGGAGGGUAGUAGAGCCUCUGGCAAUGGAGUAGUUGCAUUGCAUUGUCCAGGGAGGGGUGAGGCAGGAGCUCUGUACAUACCUCCUCAUGCCACAGCAGUCACAGUGGUCAUAUAGUUUAACAGUGAGCUGUCAAUGGGCUGUAUAGACUCAGGGGGAACCGAGGAAGGGAAAAGCCAGCCUUGUCUAAAGGCACUCACUCAUUCAACUCCAACCAAGAGAGACUCACACAGACUACCAUUACCACUAUCAUAGCUUCAGUCUCAUGAUUGCUGUACCUUAGCUGAAUGUCAGGCUGGCAACUGCUAGCUAGCAGUAUCAGUCAAUCCCAGCUGUAAAAACAUCCAUCUUAACACUCAUGUCAUCUUUAUCUUAUUGAGAUGGUGUUCAAGCAUUUUCAGAUGUCACUUAAAAAAAAGAUGCUUCAGCCUCAUUGGUAGGGGUCCCUCCUCCAGAGUGUUUGUACAAUAUCAUGUGUUUGAAAAGUAUUCCUCUGUGUGACUUUGGUUUGAUUUAAUUUGAUGAUAUCAAAACCACUUUUUGAAAUGCUAAAGGAGGUGCCUUUUAUGUGAAUAAUACGAAACACAUAAGUUGAGACGCACAUCCAGAUGUACAAUAAAAUAGAGCAAAGGCUUUUGAGCAUAAACAAAAAGCUUUUUAAACACUGCAUGACUGUAAAAAGCCCCGUCUGUGUCCAGUAAGCCUUGUCUGUUGUCUCCUCCUCAACCCCUCUACUGGUGACUGUUGUGUCACAAAUGGCAUCCUGUUCCCUUUAUAGUGCACUGCUUAAGACCAGUUGCUAAAGCGUAUUACCAAAGUAGUGCACUAUAGGGUGCCAUUUGGGAUGCAUUCUUAAAGUGAUGCCCCUGGUAGUGUAGAACAUAUGGUCCAUGAAUGACUAUUCCUUCUCUCACUGUGCAGCACUGACUUGACUUUGAGGUAAACUUAUUUCACACCUUUGAUACAUUUUUCCAUUUCAUAUGUUUAUUACUCUCUCUUUCCUUCUCAUUCACAUCGAGGUGAAAUCUUAUGUAUUCAAACUCAACCCACCCAAUGUAUAUAGCCGGUGAUAAAAUCAUAUUGUAAAUGUUUUAAAUAUUCUAAAUGUACAGACAUAUUUUGUAUACUUAUAAUGUAUGCUACAUUGCCAUAUUUUUAUUGGGCUACCUGUUGAAAUUAAGGAGAAUAAGAAAAGUAGGGCAGUGGUAGCUGAUAUGGAGCAGAUAACUUUCGACAGGGAUGAUGACUUCCUGUCUUGGGUUGCCAUAGUGACAGACAGUGGUAGGGGGCUUUUAGGAAGUUCAUGCGAAGUAAGAGAGCAUGUUAGGGUCCUAGCUCACUCCUACCGACCAUCACUGUAAGUGUAAGCACUCUCACAAGAUGUGUCCCAUUUACUCCCGUCGUCUCAUCUCUGCAUAUCAAGUUAUUUUGUUUACAGCAGCUUUUGAUCUGGUCUAGACUCCAGAGAGUGCCCUGACUAUGACCUUGAAUAGAACUACUCUGUGGGUAUCGCCUCAAUUGAAUGCAACCAUAACAAGAGAAUCAACACAGAGUCACAACAUGAAGGUUAUGUAGUUUGGCAUUAUAUGCCGAGCCACAUUUACUGUUUAUUCCUCUCAAAAGAAAUUGAGGAUAAUUUGUUAGUUGUUACUAUAGAGUUCUUUAGUCAUCCAUAGCAGGGUGGAUGUGUUGUGGAAGUUGGAGACAGCCAGACAGUCACAUCAUAGUGUCUCUCUGACCACAAGCCUCUCUCAGUCCUACAGUACAUGGAGACAAACUUAGUCACAACACAAGUCUCCUCUACAUGGAAUUCCCUAUGGGAGGCCCUCUGUUUACACACAAACUGCUGGCUGUAAUUAAUAUCUAUAUUGUAUGUCUGUUGUUAUGUCUCUCAUACUACACUCUCUUGAAAAUAAUCUCUCUGUAUGUGAAUCUUUCUCUUGAACACUGUCACUCUCAUUCUCUCACGCGUGUUCUUUUUCCAUCAAACAUUUUCUCUAUUCCCUAUUUUCCACUUGAAGAUGAGCUGCAUGGUGUACUUGCUAUUGAGAUCACUUCUGCUGUAUAACCAGGCUAUUCUUUUCUUUUUUUAAAUUGUGAUUAAAAGGAAAGAAAGAAAGAGACAGGAAAGAGUGUACAGACAGAGACAGGAAAGAGUGUACAGACAGAGUCAGGAAAGAGUGUACAGACAGAGACAGGAAAGAGUGUACAGACAGAGACAGGAAAGAGUGUACAGACAGAGACAGGAAAGACUGUACAGACAGAGACAGGAAAGAGUGUACAGACAGAGACAGGAAAGAGUGUACAGACAGAGACAGGAAAGAGUGUACAGACAGAGACAGGAAAGACUGUACAGACAGAGACAGGAAAGACUGUACAGACAGAGACAGGAAAGAGUGUACAGACAGAGACAGGAAAGACUGUACAGACAGAGACAGGAAAGAGUGUACAGACAGAGACAGGAAAAAUGACAAAAGACAUUUAAAAAAAACACAGCAUCUCUUUUUAUAUAUAAUGACUGAAAUCUUUUUGUAUAGAUUUGAGUACUUUGAUUUGCACUUUCAAUUUAGGGUUACUUGUGAUAAAGAACUAAAAUGACGGUUGAUAAUAUGAAUGCAAGUCACUGAUGGAGCCUUUCAAUUAAAUUGUAAACGUGUCCUGGGAAAUUCUUCCUUCUUUGUAGCAAACCAGAGUUAGGUGGCCAUUCUGAUGCCUGCAGGUAUUUAUUAUUAGAUAACUCUGUCACGGCAUGUCUGUCUCAUUUCAGACAUAUCCUCAACUUUAAAAACAUGGUACAUGCAACAUUGAGGGGUUCAAAAGAGAUACCUCCCAGGCCUACCUUCUAAUUGUCUAAACUAUUCAGCCUAGUUAUUUCAAAUUCUUCUAGUUUGCUACAGAGAGGAUGAGAUAACCAUGGUCUGUCUGCUGCCUAUAGACCGAUCCUUUGUGAAGUUCUGUGUUUUCUUGACUGUUUCACCUUACGGUGUUGUCCAGAGAGGGUUAAACCACUGUUAGUCUGUCAUCAAAAGAGAGCACUUCUACGGUGCCUUUUUCACAUUAUUGUGCCAACCCGAACAGUAUUGAGCUGGCUAAAUAUCUUCCUUUCCAAAACGAUUCCAGAAACUAGGCUGGAUGUGAAACAAGGCCAGAGUAGUACACAUCUGUUUGCCUUGUCAUGGAAUCGGCUCAGUUGUGUGAAAAGGGUAUACUUACUGGCCUAUUCAAUUACCAAAAUCACAGUAGUACAAUAAGCCUCCAAUGAGAAUGCAGUCCUCUACCUACCUGUCAAUGUAUAAAUCAGUACAGAAAAUAUCUCUCUUAUGCACAUCUUCUGCUAAUGUGUUAAUCAAUGGGCAUGUAUGGGAAUUCAAUUGAAGGAUGUAUGGGACUUUGCCAUGUUUGUAAAUAUGUAUCACCAUGCAUGUCAAAGCCACAUUGUCAAGCAUGUGUAUGGAUGUAUGGAUGAGAAUGUGUCAGCAGCACUUCUUUGCAAAGUAUCCUUACCGCUGAACAAUAUGCUGUGCCUUUGUUUUAAAGCUGGCCUUGCCAACGACUCGACUCGAAACGCUUUGUUUGAACUGAUUUUUUUGUGUAAAAUUCAAUCCUGAUGAUAAUGAAUGGAUUUAACAUCCUUGCUGAUAUUUUGUUUUAUUAUGAGAUUUUCUUCUUGUUGUAUAUCAUAUUUAUAUUUUCCAUAUUUCUCCAUUUUUGAUAUCUUAGGGAUUAUGGUUCAUUUUAUUUUCCUUUUAUUUAAAAAACAAAAACAACACAAGCUGUGAACCUUUCUGCACUUUAAUCCUGAACGUGAACAUUGAGAACCCUAGGAGACCACUGUAUUUCAUCACAGCUGGAAUAAACGUGUUGCUCCUUUUAA